CAAACUAAAGUCAUAAACACUGUGCUAUUUCUGUCGUAGGAAGUUUUCCAGGGACCUUAAUACAGUCAGCGCUGCAGCUUCACGCGCAGCUCAGCAGGCUCGUUAAACUGGUGGAGGCAGACAUUGUUGUGAUAGCAGCUCAGCUACGGAGGAUGAAGCGCCUGUAAUGAGCAGAAGACACCGCCGCUCCGUCAACGGAAAUCUGCCUCCAUUCAACCGAAGCACAGCAGAGCCUGACGACGCGAUGCCGCCGACCUGAAAACCCACAACAUCUGCGAGGUUUUGCAUCCGUGGGUAGCGGGGUAAAAUCUCGGCGGACCCAAUCGGAGAUAAGCACCUCCACAGGGCGGAUGUUUUCUCGAGAAAACGGACUGUUGAGCUCCGAGGGGCCUUUGGAAAACACAGCCUGCUGCUGAGGAGAUGAUGAUGAUGAUGAUGGACUGACAUUAAUCGGAGCUUGCGGUGCAUCCUCACACCCGACCUCAUUAAGGCCUUGAAGAAAGCAGUCUAAAUAAAGAAAUCACAUGACACAAGAAGCGGAUGAUGUGAAAACUCUCAGCUGAGCAUCAAAUACAGCAACAUUUGUGGGGGGUUGAAUAAUUUCUCAGGGACUCCAUAGGUUUUCUCGCUCACAAUGGGCAGUGAAGGUGAGAUCAUAACCAGAGAGCUGUCAAAGGUCUCUGAUGAGGAUUUGCUGGCCUGCUCCAAAGAGGAGCUGGUGAGCCGGUUGCGUAAGGAGGAGUCAGAAAAGAUCUCCGCUCUGAUCCAGCGCGGCAGGCUCAUCAAGGAGGUCAACAAGCAGCUGCAGGGCCACCUCCUGGAAAUCAGGGAACUAAAAGUCAUCAACCAGCGUCUGCAGGAGGAGAACACCGAGCUGCGGGACCUCUGCUGCUUCCUGGACGACGACAGGCUCAAGGUGAAGAAGCUGGCCAGGGAGUGGCAGCUGUUUGGCCACCACGCCGCCAAGGUGAUGCGGGAGGACCUGGGCGGCUACCUGAAGAAGCUCGCUGACCUGGAGCGCAUGCAGGACGGUCUGGUGAAGGAGAACCUGGACCUGAAGGAGCUGUGCCUGGUGCUGGAGGAGGAGUGUGUGAGCAGGAGCGACUCCAGCCCCGGCGGCUCCACUGAGCUCAACCUACCCUGCAUGGUGGCCCGGGACUUGGGAGACGGAAGCUCCAGCACGGGCAGCGUGGGAAGUCCAGACCAGCUUCACCUGGUGUGCUCACCUGACGACUGACGGCCGCCGGAGGGGCUUUGGACUCCACGGACUAAAUUGGAGGCAUUAAAGGAUACUUCAGGAUUAAAAAAAAAAAAGAUGUUAAAAGGUUAUUAGAUACUAAUAUCUUCACUAGCUGCAAAUUUGCGAAAACACAAUUUCGUAAUUGCGGUGUUUCAGUUUAAUAAAACAGCAAUUAAAAUCGUUCCUUUCAUCUUCUUGGUUUCCGCCAGUGGGAACAUCCGGUUGUAGAUCAUGUGAGUAGUGUGAUGC